UCUCGUUAACAGGGCAGCUAAACUAAAAGUCCCAGCUCAGGAAUCAGCACAAGAGAGUUCCACAAGAAGGGGUCUUUACACAGCUGUGGAUUUGCUACCUGGUUGCUUGACUGGAACAGGUUCUUAUUCAUCAGGAUCUGUCGAAAAAUUCAUGAACCCAAGACCUUCUGCGCUAAGAUCUUACCAGAUCCACAGAAGUUGCAAUAGGUUCCUGGAAGGCCCUCAACAGACCUCUGGACCUCUCUGAAAGCUUACAAAUGCUGUACUGUUGAGUCAGGUGUCAUCACACUAAGCUCCAACAAGACAACAGCUGCAUCUCAAUGUUACUCUCAAGGACUUUGGCUUGCAUCGUCACAAGAAUGUCCAUCACUGUUCAAAUCCCCAGUAAUCAGCAAUAAAGGCUACAGAACCUAUCCCAAUAAGUCAUGGUUGGGAAGAAGCUGGUGACAGCACAGAAAAGAGGAGAGACCAGGGCCCUCUUCCUAGGCUUGGGAAUGGUGACAUGCUCAGUAAUUAUGUAUUUCUUUAUUGGGAUCACUAUUGUGCCAGCAUAUAAGAGAAGUAUCUGGACCAAUGAAAGUAUAUGCAAACUGAUGAAAGCCAGUAUCAAGGAGCCUGUCCAUUGCCUCUACAAUGAAGGUUCUGGUGAUGAGAAUAUUUUUCGUUAUCCUUGCUUGGAAGUCGAGGUCAAUUUGACACUGCUGGGGCAAGUGGUAAAGCUCUAUCACACAGAGGACACCGUGGACAGAAACCCCCAGUGCUCAUAUGUUCCUCCAAAUAUGGAGAAUUACAAUGAAGUUCAAAAGCAAGUAGAAGAAAUAACAGACAAUUUCAGAAAGCACCAGACAUUUUCCUGUUACUACGACCCAUCAAGAAAAGAAGAGAGUGUCAUUUUAAAGAGAUUAUACCCUCCAGAGGACCUUUUCUUUGCUUUUAUCUGGCCAAGUUUGAUGUUUCUUGGUGGAGUCUUGAUUAUCAUCAUGGUGAAAAUAAGUCAGUAUUUUUCUGUACUCUCUGCUUCACAAUACAGAACAGGUGCCUAGCAUUUCCCACUCCAGCUGCCAGUAUCUCUUGUAUUCACAUUUGUAUUGAAAGGAGGCUAGGAACAGUUUCUCAAAUUUACGCAUUGUGGAUAAACACAAUAUAAGAAUGCAGGGAAAAGACAGAUAAGCUUCACAGAAAUAUUUCACAGCUGGGAGUCAUCUAAAUCGGUCUUUAGACCCAUGUUUUUCUUAAAUGCCACAAACUUACAGUGGCACAUUUUGGUCCACAUUUCUGCUGGAGUAUUAUGCUAGGAUCAGAAAUGUAAGAGAGCCAGAUUGGCUAUAUUUUCACAUUUACAAAUACCAGAUCUGUUUAUGUUCUUGGGACAUCUUGAUGAUUUAUUAAAAACAGCUGCAAUCACUGUUGAAAUGAUAGGUCUAUAAAAAUAGGCUUGAGUCUUUCACUGAACUCUGUAAAGGUUUCUGUUUGGAAAAUAAUUUGGAAUGGUUGGGAUAUUAGUCAAAUUACCAGUAAAACAGACCUCAUGAUAAAAAAUAUUAUCGAGUGUGCAAUUAUGAUUAUAUCACUAUGAUAUCCAACAGCAAAAACAGGGUCACUGUUCCUGUAUGAGUUUCUGACAAAGAACAUGAGUGCCCACACACAUAUACCCCUGCACAGACCUUACAUGGGGACAUCCUUUUGCUUUUUCUUCAACCACAAUAACAUUUAAGAAAU